GGUCCGUCUCCUGGCGCCGCGGCGGGAAAUCCAACGGGCUCCUCCCGGCCGCCGCCUCCUACAGCCCUCGCGCGCCUGCCCCGGUCGGCCUGCUGAGAUGGAGGAGGACGAGGCGGCCGAAGAGCAGCAGCGAUUCUCCUACCGACAGGUACAGGAAAGCCGGGCCCCGGCCUGGCUGGAGGAGGACGGCGUCGGGCUUCUGGAGAGGGAAGGGCCCCGCGGCCGGGCGCUGCUCGGGGAACGUCCCCCGGGGCGGAGGGCGCGCUCGGGCCGUCUGCGCCUGCGCCAGCUGGGCUGCCGCGGGGGGUGCUGGGAGGCGGUCUCCAUGUGCGGUACGAAGCCAGGCCUCCCUCUAGACGUGUGGACAUCCCGGAAGUUGCUGUUGCCCCGGACAACCGUGCGUGCGUGCGUGCGUGCGGGUGCCCCGGCCGGUCUCACCAGCAGAUGGAGGACCCCAUCAUCAGGCACUAUCCGUGACACACCUCUUGGCCAAAAUUUUGCCAGAGACCUUGAGAUGUUUGCAAGACAUGCGAAAAGAAGCACAAUUAACACGGAAGAUGUGAAGCUCUUAGCCAGGAGGAGUAAUUCACUGCUAAAAUACAUCACAGAGAAAAGCGAGGAGCUCACUCAGUUUAACUCAGAACAAAGAGCAAAAAAGAAGAAGAAGUCAGAGGAAGAAAACAAGAAGUCGGCGGAGCCAGCAGAGGCCGCAGCAGCAGAAAGCGACCCUUCGACUCUGUAGCCGCCACUGGCAAAGACGCCUUCAGCACGGAGGGUUGCCAAGAGCCUGCGUUGCCACCAAGGGAUUUUCUAAGGGAUCGGUAGAGAUUUUAAAAAAAAAGGCUCAGAGGCUGUCUGUGCUUCGUUCUCAGUCAUCAGCUGCCGGAGCUGGUGUCAAAGAGACCGGGGACUCCAGCAAAAUACCCCCCCCCCCCACCGACAUGGGCAGCUCGAGCAGGCGAAGAUCAGAAAUCCUAUCUGAUCCUAAUAAAAUUGUGUCAGCAGUUUAAA